GCGGAACUUCCGGUGAGAGGCGUUAAAUUCUGCUUAUUAGCGUUUGACGCUGGACUGUAUGUGAGGGGGGAGAGUGUUAUCACUGUAGCGGUCACGAUUAUGUCUUACAGGCUUGAAUAGCGAAGUGAGACAUGGCUGAAAUAAUCGCCGUCAACGCCGGGUUGCCUUUGCCGUCCACUCUCAACGUCACCUUCCCGGUCCAGGAGGACACCGGCUCCGCCGCCGCCGCUCCGCCGGCCCCCCUGAGCAGCGAGGACUACCUGUUCGUGGAGGCCAGGCACCCCAACACUGUCCUGCAGGGCCUGAACAGCCUGCGGCUCAACAACGCCUUCUGUGAUGUGACCCUGUGCUGUGGGGGGCUGGAGUUCCCCUGCCAUCGCAUUGUGCUGGCCUCCUUCAGCUCUUACUUCCAGGUGAUGUUCUCCACUGACCUGAUCGAGUCCAAACAGGAGCGGGUUGCCAUCAAUGGAGUGGAGCCUCAGAUGAUUGGCAUGCUGGUGAGCUACGCCUACACAUCCGAGGUGUACAUCUCUAAAGCAAACGUGCAGGCCCUGCUGGCGGCGGCCAACCUGCUGGACGUGAUGGCAGUUCGAGAGGCCUGUUGUCGAUUCAUGGAGCGUCAGAUGGAUGACAUGAACUGUGUGGGGAUUCACUGCUUUGCUGAGGCCCAUUCUUGUAAGGUGCUGGAGAAACGCAGCAUGGACUACAUUCUUGAGCACUUCAACAGUGUUCAUCAGCAGGAGGAGUUCCUGUCACUGUGUGUGGACAAACUGACAGAAAUCCUUGCCAGCGACUUCCUCAACGUGCCUAAAGAGGAGAUGGUGUUUGAGGCGGCGAUGCUGUGGUUGAAUAAAUGUCCGUCUCGCAAACAGAGCUUUGAAAAGGUCCUUGAGCACGUCCGGCUGCCUCUCAUCAGCCCCUACUACCUCCACGAUGUGAUCGAGUCUCUGGACGUGGUGAAGGAGAACCAGGGCUGUCAGAGGCUCAUCUCCGAGGCCAAGGACUACCUGCUGCUAAAAGACCGCCGUGGAGAACUGUACUGCCCCAGAGCGAGGCCACGCAGGUCCACAGGGACAGCUGAAGUGAUAGUGACAGUUGGCGGCGAGGAUGACAAGGUGGUGCUGCGCAGCGUGGAGAGCUUCGAUCCUGUGACGAAUCAGUGGAAGAACCUGGCCUGCCUGCCCUUCGCUGUGAGCAAGCACGGGCUGGUCGUGUCAGACUCCACUCUGUACUUGGUAGGAGGAGAGUUUCCCGACGGCUCGGCCAGCAGGGAGAUGUGGCGCUAUGACCCCUGUUUCGAUUCAUGGAUCGAGAUGGCUCCCAUGAAUGUAGCUCGCUCCGAGUUAGGCCUGGUGAUGCUGGACGGCUUCGUGUAUGCAGUGGGAGGGUGGGAGGGGCGCUCCCGGUUGGACUCGGUGGAGUGCUACAACCCUCACACCAACACCUGGCAGUUCACCGAGUCUGUGAAGAUGGCCGUCACAAGUCCUGCUGUGGUGGCCCUGGACGGACUGCUCUAUGUUACUGGUGGAGCGGUACUAGAGGACGGUGACGGCACGGACCUCACGCAGGUCUACAACCCUAAAACCUCUGUAUGGACCGAGGUUGCCCCCAUGCAGAUCGCUCGCUCUGGUUCUGCUGCUUGUACACUCAAAGGAAAGCUUUAUGUUAUUGGUGGAUGGCAUGCCUCGACGGAGAACACGGAUAAGGUGGAGUGCUACAAUCCCAAGACCAACCAGUGGACCAUGUGCGCCCCCAUGAAAGAACGCCGCUACCGGCCCGGUGCUGCUGUGGUGGAUGGGAAGAUCUACGUCCUGGGAGGAGAAGAGGGCUGGGACAGAUAUCAUGACACAAUUGAGAGGUACUGUGACGAGACUGACACGUGGGAGAUCGUCGGGGAGAUGCCCACCAGUCGCAGCUGGCUCAGCUGUGUGUCUCUCCAGCUGAGGAAGGACAUUCAAAUGAGCAGCACUCCCGGGACCCCGAACGACAACUGAGCGAGGGCGCCAGGGGAGGAAAUGUUUCGUGGUUGCUUUCACCCACAUUGGGAGACGGUGCACUACAAAGCUCAGCGCUGUGGAGAACAGCAAACUGAGAGGAGAUGCCGGUUUUUGGCGCAGCUGUGUUUGAGCUGUUACUGAUGGCAAAAAGUAGUCUGGUUUUUAAAUUGGUGACUGCCUGUGUAGUGAGUCUCACUCAACUGGGUCCCUGCUUUGCGCUUGGUAACAAAGGAAACGUCGCACAUGAAUCUCAAGUGAUCGACUGGCUGAUUGGCGUCUCAGUCUGCAGUCUGAACUCACUCUCUCUAUGAUGUGAACAUGGUUAGGAUACUGUUUUAAUGUCCCAGCACCUCAAAUCUGUGAAAAUAUUCGCAGCCAACAUAUUGUAUUUUUCUAUCAUUAUUGUGUGAUGUAUUUAUGGAAGUGUGACUAGCUGUGAGAAAUAUAUUUUAAAAAAAUAGUUAACAUUUUGCUCUCUCAAAAGAUGCUCUAUGGGCCAAAGAAUCGCAUUGUCUAUUCUUUGAAAGUUACCUGUGAAGAUGUCCGUACAUGAGCAGUGUUUUUGUAUUUAAACUUUGUAUGGUCUGAAUGAUUGUCUUUACUACCUGUAAUAUGUUGAGUAUAUUUUUGUAAUGUAGUGUGCGCCAUGCAUUUUAGUGAAUUUUAAAUGGAGU